AGAGUGGAUGUUUCCUCUGCGGCGUUGAAAGCGCAGGGCCGCACAAAGGAACACUGGCACAAAUUAACGCGAGCCAGAUUUACCCUCGUCAAUAAUUCAUCCGCAUCAUUCAUUAAAUGGGCUCCCGCAGAGUUACCUUCCAAGCUUGGUCUCCGAACCUUCGAGCCCAAAAAGCGUGGCAGAUGUUUCCGGCAGCCGCUCGCCAUUACGGUCUCAGGUAGCGUGGCGACACCGGGGACUGGGGGACGACAGGUGUGCUCUUCUCUCCUAGUUCCUCCUUACCGGACCACGUGAUCACUCAGGUACUCUGCAUCACGUGACACGGCCUUCGUGUGCGAGAAAGAGAGAGAGAGAGAGAGGGACACCGGCGGAGAAGAGUGAAGAGUGCUCCCCCAUCCACCCCGCCGAGAGGUGUUUUUUGUUCGGCGUUCAACACGGAGAGCUUACCUGACCGUUGACCACCAUUCCUGGGUUGGAACCGUGUUUUCUGAGACAACCCAACGGACACUUUUUUGAAAUGGCGCGCUUACUCUACUUCUUGGCUCUUCUCUCAUUUGGUGUGUGCCAACAGAAUCCAACCAUUUCUUUCAUCAGCAAAGAGAGAGUGGUCAACAUCGGAGACACCGUUGACCUCGAAUGCUCCGUCCUGUACGCUGCUGAAUAUCCUGUGAUAUGGGUGAAGCUGAACCAUGUGGACCCUUCGAACAAUCUCUUCAUCUCUACAGGGAGUAACGUCAUUGUUCCGGACCAGAGGUUUUCCAUACGUCACGAUGGAGCCAGUACUACUUACGUCCUACAAAUCACUAAGCUGCAGGAGACAGACUCUGGUCUCUACCAGUGCCAAGUAGUGAUUGGACCCACUAGUAAGGUGUCAUCAGAUGUAUGGGUUCAUGUCAGAAUACCCCCAAUCAUAUCCGACAACAGCACAAGGUCAGCAAUUGUGAGCACCGGAGCAAAUGUUUCUCUGGAAUGUUAUGCUGGCGGUUAUCCUACACCUAAAGUCUCUUGGAGGAGAGAGAACAAUGAUCUCUUGCCAACUGGUGGAGCAGUGUACAUCGGUAAUAUCCUCAACAUCUUCAACGUCACAAAGGAUGACCGUGGAACCUAUUACUGCAUUGCGGACAAUGGUGUUGGCAAGGGGGCAAGGCGGAAUGUUGGAAUUGAGGUUGAAUUUGCUCCUGUGAUAACCCUAGAUCAGCCACGGUAUGGACAGGCUUUGCAGAACCCAAUGGACCUUCGAUGCCACAUAGAAGCAUUUCCUUCUCCCUCUAUCAUCUGGAUGAAAGACGGCUACCAGCUCAACGACAACCAAUACUACCAAAUAGCCAUCACUUUAAAUGCCAAUGAGUUCACUGAUUCCACCCUACGAGUCAUAUCCAUUGAAAAGAGGCAGUAUGGAAAUUACACCUGCAAAGGCAUCAACAAGCUCGGAUCAACUGAGAAAAUCAUCGAGCUUUAUGAAACUGUGAAUGUCAUCUGCCCACCAGCCUGUGACAGGUCCUACUCAUCAGGCAGUACGAACCUGCAGAGGAACUUCACACCUGCAUUACUGCUCAUUGCUCUUCCACUUAUGAUCUCUACAAAACUAGGAUAUAGUUCAUGAAUAUCUCAUUUUCACAUUGUGUAAAAUCAGCGAGUGAUCAGAUUUUAUAGGGCAUGUCGCCACAGUGUGAGGUAGUGUGUGAGAACUUUCAGUGAUUUGUCAUUGUGCUGCAAAGCACUAGCAGGAAAAACAGCAUUUCGAUAAUCUUGUAAGCUAAGAGUCAUGUGCAACCUAAGAAUGACACGUUUGAGCCCCAUCCUACCCUUGUACCUAUUGGCAGCAAUAGCUACCUGCAUCACUCUAUGUCAUGACUAGUAGCCUGCCAACACAGACACUACAGAAGCUCCAUAAGAUGCACCUGAUGGCGCAGCAGCAUGAUUUGUCAGGCGGAGUAAUUUUGUCAGGGUUGACGGACUACACUUGGUGCCGUUCUUACGUUGAACACGGUAUAGAGUGACCGAAUGAACUUUCACAGAACAGAAGUACAGCGUAUUUGACGAUGACAAAUGAAGGUGACAUAUUUCUUCAUGUACAGCACCACAGAGAUAAUGGCGAAGGUGAAGCAAUGCAAAGAUUGUUUGUGGUAUUGUUUAAUUUUCAGAAUAAUUUUGGUAUUUGUGUUUUGUUAACGUUGUAUUAUAAAGUGGCAUGCAUUAAGAGCAACCAAGUCUGCAGUCACAUGCAGGUGAUGCCAUUGCAGGUGAUGUCCAUAGCGUGUGUACGUACUAUCAUAGUGUCUCACGGAAGGAGAGAUCUUCAGCUUCCUUUUAUUAAGCAGGCACAGUGUGAAGACAGAAAAAAAACGUGUAGCUUAAAUAGCUUAAAUGUUUAGCUAUGUUUAGUCAUGCUACAGCACAGCAUGAACCUGGCACACUGCCAUAUUGGAAUUGUGUGGACAGUUACUGCCAGGUUGUUUCCUUGUGCCCGCCGAGCGCACAAACUAAAGAUCUACACAGAUAACGCAUGUGUCAGCCACACUUACAUAGAUUAACUUUCAGCACGGUGUGCUUGCUUGAGUUGCAAGGAUGAACAAUACAGUACGUGGUUCUUGCACUCAUAUUCCUGUUUUUUUUUUUUUUUAUGUGCAGCACUGACAAUAAUAAAUGAAAUACUAAAGUGUAACAAAGUGAGGCCCAUACUGCUUUUUCUGGUGCAACAUAUAUCAAGGUCCGUCCAGUUCUCCAAACUCAUAGGUGACAGUUUUUGGCACUUUUACCCAUUUGGGAAAGCCAACUCACUUUCAUAGUCCAUGUAAAUAUUUUUUACCGAGGACCUUUUUGAGAAAUUUGUUGCCAGUCAGUUCUAACCCAUAGCAUAAUCUGAGUCAUGCAUUUGUAUAUGUCAUGUCAUAAUUCAUCAUACUGUGUGCAUUCCAUUUGGAACCAUCUGGAGCGAUACUUAGGGUAGCUUUGGCUGUGUAGCAGGUAUAUGCAGCCUGAUAUGUCAAGCAAAGUGAACAAUGUGUGACCAUAUCUCUCUAUUUUUAUAUCUUAAGUGCAAAACUGUUUCUGAAUGUCAUGCUCACACCUAGACAAUAAAUAUUAUUGGUAC